UGUAUGCGGUAGUGUUUUUUCUGUUUUACUGACUGAUCAUAAGGCUCAUCUGAAUUCUGAAAAUUGUUUUCCAGAGCUAACUUAUUUUUAUUCUUUUAUGGUAUUCAUGUGCUGCAUGGAGAGUGUCCAAGGAUAGAUUUACUCACUUGGUCACUUGCAUCCCAUUUCAUUUUUGCAGUAUAGCAACUGAAGUAAAGUUACUUUGCUUGCAACGUUAUUAUGGAAGAAAAUUCCAUAGAAAAUGCUCUACCGAAUCAGUCAGAAUUUAUAUCUUCUUCUUUUGAGCAUAAUCAGAGGAGAAAUGAUUCUGAAUUUGGUAUGAAUUCAACAUAUAAUUUAGCUGCUGAUAACCAAAAUUCAGAUACCUUAAAUCCAGUUAACCAUACUGACGAUUUAUCGAAUAACGAUCAGGAUCUUGAGAGCAUCCGAACUGAAAAUUCAGAAGAUGAAGAACCUUUAGUUAUAGAGACAAUUGAUAUUACACCUGAAAAAAGCGGAGGUGUAAUGAAACAAAUAAUAAAACCUGGAGAAGGCGAUGAGUGCCCAGGUUAUGGAGAUCGAGUAUAUGUUCAUUAUACAGGAUGGCUGUUAAAUAACAAAGACAAACCUGUUAUGUUCGACAGUAAUCGUAAAGGAGAAAAGUGCGAAUUUAGUCUUGGACGAGGUCAAGUUAUCAAAGGAUGGGAUUUGGGUAUUUCUACAAUGAAGAAAGGUGAAGUGGCCUUAUUUAUUUGUCAACCCGAAUAUGCCUAUGGAGAAAUGGGUUACCCUCCUACUAUUCCACCAUACACUCCACUCUUGUUUGAAGUGGAACUUUAUGGAUGGAAAUUGGAAGAUCUGAGUCCCAAAAAAGACAGCGGUAUAUUAAGGAAGAUUUUGGAAAAAGGAGAGGGUACAGUUAUGCCCAAUGAAGGCUCUCAAAUUAAAAUUAAGUUAACAGGGUAUUUCAAUGAUGAAAUCUUUGAAGAUGCUGAAAAAGACUUCAUUCUUGGUGAAGGCUGUAAAGUUGACAUUCCUGAAGGAUUAGAGACUGCUCUUUUAAAGUUUCGUUUAAAGGAAAGGUCUAUAAUCUAUCUUAAAAGCAAGUACGCAUUUGAUGUUAAAGGAGCGCCAGAAAUGGAAAUUCCACCUAAUGUUGAUAUCAAGUAUGAAGUUACAGUUCUUUCUUUUGAAAAGGCCAAAGAAGUUUGGGAAAUGAGUAGUGAUGAAAAGUUUAAAAAAGCGAAACUUUCUAAAGAAAAUGGAAUUUCAUAUUUUAAUGCAGGAAACUUUAAAGUUGCUUUGAAGCAGUUUAGAUGGAUAUUAACUUGCUUAGAAAAUGAACCAGGUGCUCCUGCUGAUUCUGAGAAUUCCAGGAAAUUCCUAUUAAUUGCUGGCUAUCUCAACAUGGCGUUAUGUUUCUUAAAACUUGAAAAUUACCUUGAUGCUGUCAAAGUUUGUGAUAAAGCCCUAGAACUAGAUCCAAAGAAUGAAAAAGCUCUGUUUAGGCGAGGCCAGGCCAAAAUGUCUAUGAGUGAUUGUGCUGAAGCAUUACAAGAUUUUGAAACUCUGUGUUCUAUCAACCCUUCAAACAAAGCAGCUAGGAAUUCUGUAAUAAUAUGCCAAGAAAAAAUCAGGAACCAAAAUUUGAAAGAUAGAAGCAUAUAUAAUAAUAUGUUUGAAAAGUUUGUGAAACAAGAUGAAGAAAGAAUGAGAAAAUUUAAAACUGAAACUGGUGUCUGGCAGAGUGAUAAAAGAGACGAAAAAAAAGAAAUUUAUAUGACUGAGACACAGAGGUUAAUUGAACGAAAUAAUACAACUCUACGUGAUGCAAAUGUUAUAGAACUUUCAAACACUGCCAAGUGAUAAUGUGGCAGAUUUAAUUUGUAAAGAGUUAGAAAAUGAUGAAUGGUUUUCAGAUCUCAAAAUUUUCAAGACCAUUCAAAAUAAUACACAGGGUGUUUGGAAUUAAUUCCUUAAGUAUUGAUCCUAAACACACAGUUCUCAACUUCAGUUAGUAUAUUGCAAGAUAGUAGGUAUAAUGUUGAUUAAUAUGUGUAUAACAAGAUAUUGGGUUAGCAAAAAAGUAAUUUCCAAUUCUUAGGAGAAAAUAAAACUUUUUUUUUUUUUUUUUUUCUCCUGUACAAAAAUGAAGUUUAAUCAAAAUGUCAUCCAUUCUGUUAGAUGAUCAUUUUCCAUCUUCUGGUAACUUCAUGUUUCUGGGCUGACAUUACUUCUUGACUUUAUCAGCAAAUUAUCCAAAUAGUAGCAAUUUAAGGUUAUUGUCUUUGCUGAAUUUUUUACCAUUUAAAAUGUUUUGUGAACUUCGAACUGAAUGAUAACCCUAUGGUGCAAGGUCGGGGAUGUGACGUCACUUCUCAGCCAAGCUCUAAUAAUUUUGUGCGUUUUCAAUCACAAUUGGCAGACACUUAUGCUAGGAGGUUAAUUUGCUACAGCAGGGAAGCUAAAAAAGACUAACUCUCAGCCUAUGCUAUCAAGUGCUAUCUAAAAAGGGUAAAGAAUAUGAGCUUAUUUGUACAUUAACUUAUUUUAAUUCUAGUGGAUGUUGAUGAAAACAGAAUUUAUAAUAUAGCUGAAAUAAUAAGAUAAAUGUGUUAAUUAAAGUUAAACCUUACAUAUUUAAUUAAUACUUUCUCGAGAUUGAAUCUCCAGAGGUUUCUUACUUUAUACUCUGUAUUUCCAUUUUACAUUUUAUUUCCAAGAUGGGAGAAGCAUGAGUGGCUUGGCUAGGAAUAUCAUGAAAUUAAUGUGCAAAGACUAAUGUUCUAAGAUAUUCCCAAAACUGUUUUUUCGUGCUGAGUCUAGUUUCUAAUUUAAGGACUUUAAGUUAAAAAUUAUGUGAAUAAAUCAAAUGUUUUUAAACCAAACACUAAAAAUGGUAAGUAGGGGUAUGCAUGUAAAUAUGAUACAUAUUUAAAGUUUAAUUGAUAAAUUAUGCAUUGUAAGGCAUUACCAGCAUUUGUUAAUUUUGUUUAAGCUGUAUUAUACAUUCACAUUGCAAUUUCUUUCUCUUCUGUAUCUCAAAGAAUUGAUAUUUUAAUAUCAUCCUGAAGAGAUGUAAGCAACCAAAGAGAAAUAAAGUAUCUAUCACAAAGAAGCAUAACCUUCUUUGUGUCAAGUA